UGCGUGCGAUCUGAUGAAAAGUUGUCACCAACGGCGGGAGAUUGGAUGAAGACGCAAUAUCCGGCGUACGAGGAAAUCCUCCACGCGGAAUAACCAACUAUAGCAUGUGUUCCAUAUGCCACCCUUCUCCCUAUCGCAGCUUCCACGCAUCCUCUCAGAAGCUGACAGGAACGCGCCUCGUCCGCCGUCGUGCGUGACUUCAGCUUCUCAGAACGCUUAUCUACCCGUCUUCCGUCGUCAUGUUUCCCCAGGUUCUCCCACCUGCUGCACGCUCGCGCCCGCACUGUGCUGAGCAUCGUCUGCGCUGACGACCUCGCUCACCAUGCCCCGUCUAGAUCCCGAGAUCGCCCCGGUGGAGGCCAGCGACGUUCCCGAGCUCAUCGCGCAGCCUCCUGCAUACAGUGAUGGCGAGAACGCCGAAUAUGCAUCCAACGAAAAGCUGGAAAAGCUCGGCUCUGCAACCGUCUCUGCGUCAGAGUACGAGGUCGAGGAUAAGAUCUACGACGAGAAUGGCCGGGAAAAGGUCCUCGAGACUCCCGAGGACUUUGCCAUCGGACUGGUCUCACUAGAGGACGACCCCGACCUUCCGAUUCAUACCUUCCGCAUGUGGUUCAUCGGUAUUGGCCUUGCUGUGUUCGGUGCAGUCCUGGGAAUGCUUUUCCAAUUCAGGCCUCAGGUUAUUCUCGUAUCCGCCCUUUUCCUGCAACUCAUCGCGUACAUGCUCGGUCGCAUGUUCCAGGCGAUCAUUCCGGGUCCGGGGAGCCGUUGGCAUAGGGACAAUUGGUUCUGGAACUUCCUAAACCCUGGCCCGUUCAACUUGAAGGAGCAUGUCGCCUCACAGAUCUGUGCCAAUACGGCCGCGACUGCGGCGCAGGCUUGCUUCGUCUUUGCCUCUGAUGAUCUGUUUUAUAACAUCACCAUCAACCCCGGUAAUGCCAUCUUUACCCUCCUUGCGUCUCAGUUGAUCGGUUAUGGAUUCGCGGGCAUGUUCCGUGCCUUCCUUGUGUAUCCCACCGUCAUGCUGUAUCCACAGACGUUAAUCUACGUCAACCUGUUUGAUGUGCUCCACCGAUCAAAGGGGGAGGUACUUCAGGGCAAGCGUCUGCGGUUCUUCUGGCUCGUCACCGGAGCUAUUUUCGUAUAUGAGUGGUUCCCGGAGUGGAUCGCGCCGUUGCUUGGAUCGUUCAACAUCGUGUGCCUGUGCGCCCGCAAUUCCGACUGGGUGUCGUAUAUCUUUGGCGGUGCGGAGGCGAACGAGGGUAUGGGUCUACUCGGAUUCGGGCUCGACUGGGCAAACAUCACCUCGCAGCCGUUCUACGCGCCACUCUCGACGCAGAUCUCGAACUAUGUCGGCUGGGUGAUCAAUUACUUCCUCCUGCCCGCCAUCUUCGCCAGCAAUGUAUGGAACUCAAAGAACUUCCCGUUCAUCUCGGAGAACCUGUUCUAUCUCAAUGGCACGGUGUACGACCAGGACCUCAUUCUGACGUCGGACUACUCGCUUAACCGCACCGCGUACGAAAUCUACGGGCAACCGUGGCAAUCGGGCUCGCAGGUGAUCUACAACCUGGGUAUCAACAUGUCCAUUGGGGCAUCGUUCGUGCACAUCGCGCUCUGGCACGGGAAGGAGAUCUGGUCCGCGUUCCGCGACUACUUCCGGGGGAGGAUGCUCGAGGACGUGCACUAUAAGCGAAUGAGGAUCUACCGCGAGGUGCCGAUGUGGUGGUACGGCGCGGUGACAGCAGCUGCUUUCGUGAUGGCGAUGGUCUGCGCGUACACGGAGAAGUCCGAUAUGCCGUGGUGGGCGCUCAUAGUUGCGCUAAUCUUGGCGAUGUUCUGCCUGCCUUUCUACGGGGCAAUGUACGCGAUUGCUGCGUUCCAGGUCAUCAUUCAGAACUUGUUCCAGAUGCUUGGUGCGGCGCUCAUCCCUGGCUCGUCGCAAGCGAACAUGUACUUUGAGCUCUACUCUAGCCAGUCUCUGUCACAAGCGGUGUCCAUGCUGAGCGAUUUAAAGCUUGGACAGUACACAAAGCUCCCGCCGAGGAGUACAUUUAGCGUCCAGAUGGUUGGCACGAUCAUCGGCGCGCUGCUCAACUACGUCAUCAUGCAGACCGUCGUCAACAACAAGCGUGCAGUCCUGUUGAGCGACGAGGGAACGCGCACUUGGAGUGGACAGCAGGUCCAGUCAUACAAUGCCAAUGCUAUCCUCUGGGGCGCGCUCGGCAAGGAAAUCUAUGGACCUAACGGGCCAUACUUCAUUGUCCCGCUCGGCAUCAUCAUUGGUCUUGCGCUCCCGAUCAUCCCAUGGCUUCUGUAUAGGAAGUACAAGAAGGAAUGGCUUAAGCUCAUCAACACAUGCGUGCUCGCAUACAAUAUCGGCGAUCUUGCCGGUGGUACGAACGGCUAUAUCAACACCUGGAUGGUCAUUGGCCUCACAUCGCACUUCUACAUCCGGAAGUACCGUGCGGGCUGGUUCAGGAAGUACAACUAUCUCUUCGGCGCCGCCGUAGAUGGUGGUGCACAGGUUUUCGUGUUCAUUUUCUCUUUCGCGCUUGGAGGUGCCGGUGGAGUCACGGUCAACUUCCCGAACUGGGCACUCAAUCCGGUGGGCAAUGCAGAUUACUGCAAGGUCACUUCGUCAGAAGGAUGAAAACACAUCGUCGUCUCCGCUGCAUCUUUGUAUCGAGUAGUUCCUUAGGUCGUUGCUAUGCAAGUAGGCUUGUCGGACUCGUAGUACUGCACGACAAUGAUAAUGCAUUCACGAUUGUUCUUGUAUCUCAUUUAAUGGCAGGUGCUGUGAGGCC